UCUGUGGUGAGGCUUUAACAUGUGUUUAUGUUAUGGAAAGCGCACGUGGGUUGUGUGUUUAUGUUGUUACAAAUUGUGAAUUGUGGCCGGUUACUUUCGAAUUCCAUCAAUGAAGCUUUCAGAAAUGAUGGCCCCUGUAGAAGAAGAUGGCGAUGAUGAAGUCAGUAUAAGUUAUGAAUCUGAAAGUGGUGCUUCUGAAAUUGUAUCUGACCAUGAGGGUUCUGAGAAUGAGGUGGUCAGUGAAUCGGAAACUCAAGAAGCUAGAAAUGUGGUCACAGCAGAAAAAAGGAAAUUGGAGGGUUCACCUGACAGAAGCAGAAAGAAGAGAAAGGCAUCCCAAAAUGAUUUAUUGAAGCCACCCACUGUGAAGGAGUUGAAUCGGCUUAGGGAAACACAGAACUUGUUUCAUUCAAAUAUAUUUCGGCUGCAGAUAGAAGAAAUGCUAAAGGAAGUUAAAGUGAAAGCAAAAUACGUGAAAUUAUUAAGUAAUUGGUUUGAGAAUUUGAAAUGUAGUUUGGAACAGAUUGAAGAAUCAGAAAAGUAUGAUCUUACAAAUCAGAAAUGGCUAAAGAAGCUGAAAGUAAGGAUGCCUCUUAUUCCCAACCUUGUUUGCAAUAAAGGUAUCUUCCAAUUUCUUCGACCAGCUUCUAUUUCCCUGAUUGGCUCUUGGAGGCUACAGUGCUGUGUUGGGCCAGAUGUCACUGUGGACCUCAAUGUUGAAAUGCCACAGGCAUGCUUCCUAAAAACUGAUUACUUGAACCAGAGGUAUCAUCAGAAACGUGCCUUGUACCUUGCAUACUUGGCUUCAUAUUUACAAGAGAGUGAUUUACUUGAGGAAGUGAUGUUCCAUACAUGGUGUGGCAAUACAUUGAAACCAGUAUUAAAACUAAAGCCAGCUGGUAAAUUAAGCAAACAUGUAACUGUGUUGUUGCAUUUGUCAGCUGAAUCAACAUCUUUGAAGAUGACUCGAUUUUCACCUUCAAAAAAUAAUGUGAGGCAAUCGUGGUAUUUUGGUGACUCUGAUGGUACUGAUAGUGAUGCCGGAACGCCAACCCCUCAUUACAAUAGUAGCAUUGCCAGAGAUGUUGCUGCCUUAAGUUACAACGAUUAUCUUGUGCAGUUACUGGAGACACACAGUAACAUUCGUGAUGGGAUUGUUUUAUUGAAGGUGUGGCUUCGGCAAAGAGAACUUGAUCAGGGUUUUGGAGGCUUCUCUGGCUUUAUUAUGACCAUGUAUGUUGCGUACCUUCUCAACAUGCGUCGACUGAAUAAUUCAAUGAGCAGCUACCAAAUAGCACGUUACGUCUGGAACAGUUUAGCACAGGCUGACUGGGUCACCAAUGGUAUUAGUUUAACACCAGCUGAUGCUGAUAAUGUACCAACAUUAUCAGAAUACCAUGAACAUUAUGAAGUUGUGUUUGUGGAUAUUUCUGGUUUCUGUAACAUCUGUGCCGAUAUGACAAAGGAGACCUUCCAGAUGGUGAAAAGUGAAGCAGAACUGGCCAUUAAAUUUCUUGACAGUAACUCAGUCAACAGUUUCCAAGUUCUUUUUAUGACUCGUAUGUCUUUCUAUCGUCAGUAUGACCACAUCUUCUGUGUGAGAGAUAUGGAAAGCGUUGUGUCAACUCAAAGCCCCAAAAGUAAGCAACUAGACUGGUUAGGACAAGUGAGACCUUUGGCGUUGGCACUGAUUCUUCCUCUAAUACGAAGAGCUCUCAGAUCUCGUGUAUUGUUGUUGGGAGUCAGUUUAGGUGCUUCAAAGACUUGGAACCCAAGGCAGAAGCCACCUCUUGAUGAACCUCAUCUGGUGUUUGGAUUGAGGCUUAACCCAUCGCAUGCUUACAGUAUCCUUGACAGAGGUCCUGAAGCUAAUGUUCCAGAGGCAGAAGAUUUCAGAAAAUUCUGGGGCAGCAAAUCAGAAUUGCGGCGUUUCCAAGAUGGAGGCAUUGCAGAAGCAGUUGUAUGGAAAAAAGGUGCUACAUUGUCUGACAAAAGAGUUAUUUGCCGCCUCAUUGUUGAACAUAUUUUGAAUAUGCAUCUUCAGAUUGAUCCAACUUCAAGCAUUACUUAUAUAGCAGACCAAGUGGAGUCUGUUUUACAGUCAUGGAAGAUCAAACCUGCUGAAUUUGAAUAUGGUACAGGUGAGGAGGCAACCCUAGCAGUGCUCUCUUCGUAUGAUGGACUCACAAAACAGCUUCGACAGUUGAAAGAUUUGCCUCUGGAAAUAAGCACUGUGCAGGGCAACUCAGCUGUAUUUCGUUACUGUGAGGUUUUCCCUCCACUUUCUACAACACACAAGUUACAACGAAGUACUUGUGCUGACCGCUCCUUGUGUUAUAUUUUUCUUGAAGAUUCACCACAUAAGCAUAUUCCACGAUGGGUACUACCUGUUGAAGUGGUCAUUAUAUUGGCAGCAAGUGGAAAAUGGCCAAAUGACAUAGAAGCUGUUCGCCGUAUUCGAGCUGCUUUUAACAUUAAAAUAUCUCAGUGCCUUCAUGACCAGUUUAAUUUAGCAGCACAACCAUAUCAGGAUUAUGUUGACAUACUCAAGGAUGGUUUUGUGUUUAGACUUCGUAUAGCUUGCACUAGAGAAAUAGCAUUGUUAAAAGAAAUGACCACACCACUUGGAGUAAGAAAGUACAGAGACACUCCACAGUCGUUAGCACUUGAAAAGAAAGUUGUUCACUCACCAAAAUUGACAAGUGCAUUGCAUGGUUUGCAUCAGGAGUAUCCAUCAUAUGGACCAACAACGUGUUUGGCAAAACGGUGGCUAUCUUCACAGAUGCUUGAUGAUAGUCAUAUGCCUGCUAUGGCUGUAGAACUAAUUGUUGCAUCACUGUAUUCAUCUCCUGGGCCGUAUCAGCCACCUCAACAACCACAAUGUGCUUUUUUCCGUUUUCUUCAUAGACUUGCAUACACUGAUUGGCACAUGGAGCCAUUGAUUGUCAACAUAAAUAAUGAACUCGACAAUGAGACCGUGACUUCAGUUGAUAAACAUUUCCACAAUGCUCGCAAGUCUCUUCCACCACUCUUUAUUGCUACACCAGGUGACACUGUGCAUUCAGUAUGGACUAAAGAAGCUCCAUCCCUAGCAGUACUUGUACAUGUCACUUCCCUUGCAGUGGAAGCACUGAAAGUUAUAGAAGAGCAAUUAUCUACUUUUUCUCUUCAUUACCAGGCACUAUUUUCUCCAGCAUUAGAUUUUUAUGAUGUUGUCAUAUACUUACAUCCAUCAUUAAUUUCACGAAGAAGUGAAUCGUUGCAAGCUAAAGUUGACAAGGAACCUUCAAAACUUCCACCAUAUAAACCACAACAACCAGAAAAAAUCCCCAUUGUUGGAUUUGAUCCAGUUCAGUGCUAUUUAAGGGAAUUGCGACAAAAUUAUGGUGAAUAUGCCCUCUUCUUUCAUGAUACUUAUGGUGGAGAUGUAAUUGGAGUAUUAUGGAAACCCACAGCAAAGGAGCAAAAAGAAUUUAAGGUCUCAAAUGUGAGAGGACACAAGUUAGUAAAUUCAGAGUCAUCACAAAUCAUUCCAAACAUUGAAGCCUUUUCUGAUGAUUUCCUAGCAUUAGGAUCAGGUUUAGUUAAAUCAGUAAAACAAAAAUGUAUGCAGUGAAACUGUUAAAUAACAUGUAACUGUAAAUAUUGCAUAAAUGUAAAUAAAUGUUUUUAUAUUUAUUCAGAUA